AUAUAAAUGGGCUUGUAAUUUGUAAGAAUAACUCCAAUAUAUAGAGAAAAUGAAACUCUACAAAUUAAACACGCACACGAGAAGUUGCAACAAAUCAUAUGAUGCGGAUCUUGUAUUGAAUUUGAAAGACCAUCCAACGGCGAAAGUUAACGAUGUGGUCGAGAUUUACGAUCCGGCUCAUGAGGAUGCCACACAUCUGCUCUUGCAGAUAACAGAGUUUAACGACCAAAGUAAAACUGGUCGCGAUGCAAUCAGCAUAGAGUCGGGAAUAGCAGCGCAGUUCAAAAUGCGACCAUUUUCCACUGUUGUAAUGCGAAUCGUAAAUCCUGCUGAUGUAGCUCUUGACUCCAUUGAGAUUACUUUCAAGGACCAAUACAUGGGACGCUCGGAAAUGUGGCGUCUGAAGACGUAUCUGACCAAUACUUGUGUAUAUGUCAAUAAAAAGAUCGACUAUAAUGAUAUGCAGAUACGUUGUCAAGUGUACGAGAUGUGGUCGCAGGGUGAGCGCGUGGCCAGCGGCGUCAUAAAUGAGGACACUAAAAUUGUGUUUCGGAGCAGCACAUCUAUGGUUUACUUGUUUCUGCAAAUGUCCUCGGAAAUGUGGGAUUUUGAUAUACAUGGAGAUCUUUACUUUGAAAAGGCCGUGAAUGGUUUCUUGACGGAACUUUUUCAAAAGUGGAAAAAACUGGGCUGCAACCACGAGGUAACAAUCGUUCUCUUCUCGCGCACUUUCUACGCGGCCAAGAGCCUUGAUGAGUUCCCGGAGCACAUGCGUGACUGUCUCCAGCUCGAUUACAAGGGUCGCUACUAUGAAGACUUCUAUCGCGUUGCCAUACAAAAUGAGCGCAAUGAUGAUUGGUGCACGGUGCUGGCGCAGUUGCGCAAGCUUUUCACAUCAUACCAGGAAACUGUGCUCCGUUAUCAUCAACGUGAGAAUAUGAAUAUACCACCGGCAAUGAAUUCCACAGCAGCGCAGGGGAAUUUCCUUGAGGUGCUCAACAUAUCGUUGAAUACCUUCGAAAAGCAUUAUCUAGAUCGUACCUUUGACCGCACCGGACAGUUGUCUGUCGUGAUUACGCCUGGCGUAGGCGUCUUUGAGGUCGACAGGGAGUUGACAAACAUAACCAAGCAGCGGAUUAUCGACAACGGUGUGGGCAGCGAUCUGGUCUGUGUCGGCGAGCAGCCUUUGCACGCAGUGCCACUACUUAAAUUUCACAACAAAGACACCACAUUAACAUCAGCAGACGACUACUCGCUGCCGCAUUGGAUCAACCUGAGCUUCUACUCGACAAAUAAGAAAAUUGCCUAUUCCAGUUUCAUACCGCGUAUCAAACUGCCUCUAUUUAUGUCACAGAAUGAGCCCAUUGAUGAGGAAACCAAUGAAAACGAAAGAAACUUCCUGAGUUGCAAUCAGUCAGAGUACAUACACAAUUCAUUAUUUGAUUACGAUGCAUACGAUGAGCAAAUCUUUCAGCCUUUGCCAGCGCAAAGUACUUGCUCCCUACAACGUGUGGUGCGUGCGAAAAAAACGUCAGUUCCCAGUUUCGAAACGUACGCCACCCGUAACAAUGACUGGGAGAACUUAACGCCAACCAAGAUACCCAGUCUACGCCGGAAAAUGUCUGAUCCGGACAUACAUCAUGGUACCUCCGGAAUGUUGGCAGCGCUGACGGACACUACCAACUUGUCUGAGUCAUUAGCCUCAGAGAAGAAUUCCCGACGCGCCAUCGUCAGCAUAGCGCCCAUUGUACGACCUGGUCGAGCGCUGAUCAAUCCAUUUGAUCCGUCACAUGUUACCAUAAAGCUUACGUCGAAUCGGCGCCGUUGGACGCACAUUUUUCCAAAGGGUCCUACGGGCGUGCUGAUUCAACAGCAUCACUAUCAAGCGGUGCCAGCUAAAACACCCCAAGCUGGUACCUACAAUAGGCAUUUCAACAACAACAACAACAUCGACAGUGACAAUACUGCAAACGGAGAAUCUGAUCAAAUAUCAACGCAUUCCCUGCUAAGUAAAUCGUCUCAGCAAUUAAGCUCGGCUAACAGUGAAGAAAAGUUCGACCUUUUAAAAAAACGCAACAAUUCACUUUUGAAUGCCACGCCCGCAAACGUGCCUAACCUAACGGCGACUCAGGCCAAAUCGUAUCUCUGGGGAGCUACCGGUGAGCAGGAAUGGACGCCAGCGAUUACGACAGUUAAUGUGAAUGCAACGGCGAAUGCGGGAAAACAUUUAAAACCGAUUGUCGAAAGUGAACUUAGCUUUGGAACUGCACCGCUUGAAGCUCCAACAGAGGCGGGCGGCAAAGGAAAGAUCAUUAUAGGCGUCGACUGGAAGUCGUUGACCAUACCCGCCUGCCUGCCAAUAACCACGGACUAUUUUCCGGACAAACGAUCUCUGCACAACGACUACGUCAUCUCGGAUUACACAUUGCUGCCGGAUGAUGUGAAUCAGGACUAUGCCAAGGACCGUGCCGUCUAUCGCAAACCAUUGUCGACGGAGGAGGUGUGCAAAGAAAUUGUUUCACAGCGCCUGGCGCAGGGUUUUCAACUGAUUGUUGUUGAAGAGAAGGUACCUGGUGUCAACACCAGUAUUGCUAGCUCAGUCCCAGGCGCAUCUACAGUGCAGGCUACAUCGGCAGUACUGCCCGUGAAGCCGCCAACCGAGACAAAGAAGGAAUAUCUGCUUUCAAUAGGUCGGAUUUUUCACAAGAUUUCAUUGAGUGGUUCCGUCAUCACAGUUACGGGCUAUAGGCCCAGGCAUCCCUACCCGCCCAUCAAUGUGGACUACCGAUAUCGCUUCCAUGCGCCUCAGCACGAAACGUACGAAAUCUCUGGAGUGAACUUUACCACUGAAAAGCUGGAGAAUUUCAACUGGAAUCACAUGGAUCUUUACAUUUGCACGCGUGGUGACACCGACUACCCCUUAAUGGAGAGCCUCAAGUACUGGCGAUUUCGCAUGUAUCUUCUCCCUCGCGAGAAUAUUCUCAACAAGAUUAGCUUCAAUCAUCAGCACUGUGAUGUAUUCGCCGACCAGACCGUCGACCGUUCAACCCGGGAUCAAAUCGAGGACUUUCUUCGUCUAAUGGAGACCCAUGUCAGCAAGCUGAAGCUACAGAUCGGCCGCAAAGCGCGCGAAAGUCCUACAGCCCAAAGCCAUCUAACCAAGCGACGCUACAGUACGAGUAUGAUAUCCAAGCAGUCUAAUCAGCAUGACACACCUAGAACUAGAAUCACUGAAAAGCAUCAUAAUCUUAUAAACUCACUGCAGCAAAGCUUCACGGGACGCCAGAAGAAUGGUCGCAAUUUGCCGAUUGCAGAUGCCACAGUCAUCCCAAUGCAUGUUCAGGACGAUCAUGAUGAUGGCUUUCCGGUAGAUGUUAAAUUCAGUGCAAAUGCAACGCUCGCCGACAUCUUUGAAGCCAUGAAGCAUCCAGAGAGUGGCGUGGGUUACUUUACCAAAACACAGUCGCUGCCUUCCUGUACUUUUAUCUCCUACGAUGCGCUGAUGUGGCUGAAGACGCGCCUUGACAGCAGUCGUCAUCCGUUGGAGCUGCUCGAGGCCAUGCGCAAGGAGCGAAUGAUCUGUCAUGCGUCCGGAGACUGGAAUCAGCCUAUUGUGCCUGGCUUCGUGUUCUACUACGUCGUUCAGCAGGAUGAGACUGCCAAAGAUUACGCCCCACCGCUCAACGAUUACAGUGCAUUUGCCAAUGAAUGGCUGGAAAUUGAAUUCCAAGGCUGUAGCUUUUUGUGGUAUGGCGAGCCCGUGCCCACAAAUGUGCCCAACUUUUUGAGAGAAACACCAGCUCCGCAGUCCUGGACUGAUUAUUGUAUAAACAAACGCAUAUAUAGAGAAUCGCAUUUGGAGAUAGACGUGAAUCAAAAGAGCGAUCGCAUGGAGUGGGGCCAUGUGAAGCACCACACCGUUAUGCAGCCGGGAUUCGCCUUCGAACUAGUUGUAGAGUGGGUCACCUCUUCGGGUCCGAUUGUAUCUGACUUGAUUGCUGGAUGGAUGCGUAAAGCCAAUCAAUGUGGGUAUCAAUUGGUUUCCGUUCCAGCCGAUCCUAUGGCCGAACCUUUCACAGAGAAAUCUGACCCCCUACGUGGCCCCAUUUUCAUUCCAUUGUGCGUCACAUUUUUGCCGGAUGGCGCAUCGCUUUUUAGCGAGUUUGCAGAGGAAAGUAAAGCCGACCGCAUGUUAUUUCUACAGGAAGCUAUAUUGACUAAAUUCGGGUUCUUGCCCUGUGUGCUCGACAAAAAGUUCUCCUUCAACAAAGACCUGCCCAAGGAAUAUCAAUAUGUGCACUGCACUGGCAAUAUGUUCGCACUAAUACGCUGUGCUACAAAUAACUACCAAGUCGAAUCGCCCAGCCGACAGGAAGCAAAUGUUACCCGAUGUGUGUAUGGACACACCAACAACACAAAUGUGCCGAAGAAAGUUGGUUUUCUAUGGGCCUGGAACCAUAUGAUCCCCAACAAGAAGUGGAAGGCGCAGACUAUUAACAACUCAGCCGAUGGCGAACUCUUCCAACUAAAAAUGCUAAAAGAUUUUCGAGAUUUUUGCUCUAAUAGCGAUCAGCGAUUGCAGAAGUUUUGGGAUCAUUGUCAAGAUCUCAAAAAGAAGUCUCUCAUGUUGGAAAACAACAACAACAAUAAUAGUAGCAACCUAAUAUAAUCUUAAAUGAUCUGUGUGAUGUAAACAUUUCUAAUGACUAUUAAAGAUUGAAAGGGAACGAAAAUCAAAUGUUAGUUUAAGGUCAAAUUAAAAAAGCAUUCUAUUAAAAAAAUAAAAGGAUUAAUGCGGAAUAAU